CAUCCGCUUCUUAUUUCUUUAUUUUUGACUUUUGGUUUGUGUCCUUUUUCUCUACGUUGCCUUUUGCUUUUCCUUCCUCCUCAUCCCAUCACCGGCGGCCUGUCACUGUGCCACAUCCACUUCCCUUUUUGAAAUUCUUUUCUCUUUUCCUCACCUCCUCCAUUCCCCACAGACUGGCAUUUAAAGUCAAUCGGCGUGGUCUUGGUAUAGCGUCCUACUCACGCACUCCCCAGUGUACGAGGAACAGACGGACGCGUCACCCCCUCAGCUUCAAAAAUAAACAUAAAUGCCAGUGUUGUGCGACUCUCUCCGUCGUUUGGGGAUGACGACGGCUGUUUUAAAUAAUCGUCCAUCGUCAUCCCACCACCUCCUUAUCUCCUCCUCUACGUGUGUGCGAGCGCGAGUGUGUGUGGCACUAAACAAUGUGUGUGUAAGACGUUGAAAGUGAAAAAGAGAAGUACUAAAAGGUCACCAUCUGAAUAAUGCCAACCUGACUUCCUCUGUUCCCGUCUUUUCCACUCAGUGGAGUUUUCUGCAUCAUCCAUCUUAACAGCUCAUUUAACUUUUAGUACAAUUUUAACCUCUUCUUCAAGGAACAAUUCCAUCGUGGUAUAACCCAAGACUAAAUAUUCACAUUAUUAUGAAAAUUAUUCAAAUGUCAUUUUUCCCCUUGCUCCCCUGAAUCCACCUUAAAAAGCAAAGGUCAAAAAAAGGUGAAAGCGCUCAGGGAGAGCGAGCCUCUACCGAGAGUCGACGUUAUCUCGGGAGGUUAACUACGGUCACAGAGUGAAUCCAAAUAAAUGUUACUCUGGAUCACUACUGAUGCUGACCUUUCCCCUCCCUGUGCAGCAGCCAACGUCUACAGAUAAUGCAAUUUAAAACGGUCCCUAAACUCCUCACAUGCAGACAGACAUCAAACCAGACCACUGUGUUUGGGUACGGCCCCUUACUAGUAGCUAGUAGCAUUGUAACUUAGCCAAAUAGCUUACACCACAGGUUUUUAUACAACUAGCAAUGGAGUCAAACUCAUGCAAGUAUCCAAGCUGAGAGAGGAAAAAAAUUUACAUAUUGGGUAAAACGGCUAAAAGCUAGGGGAAUUAUAGUCGAUCUAGAAGGUAAAUAAAUAAAUAUUUUUUUCUUCAUUUAUUUCAUAUUUCCAGACUACUUUUUCCACAGAGUAAGCUGUUAAGAUGGAUUUGCUGUAUUUUACAUUUAUUUCUAACAUAUUCCUCUCCCUCAUUAACAGCUGGUUUCUUCUUUCACCAUUGCACUGUGUACAGUAUUUUUACAGCAUGUGGGGGAAGAGCCGAUAUCCGACACACAGCAACAACCGUCUGAAUUUUUUUAUAAUUAAGUAUAAGAAACCUGGGUCGAACGGAACAAAACUGGAAUCAGACCGUUAACUAAACUAAAAGUAAAGCAGUACGUGAAAUGUACGUGUAUUUAAGAUGGAAGUGGAACCAUUUCCAAUAGAGGAAACCGUCACUGGUUACCUGACGAGCAAAACGUAGUCAAAUGAGUCAUGAGAUAUGUUUAGGUGAAAUCAGCUUCCUGUUAUUAUUUACUUGAAAAACUCUCUGAGGGACAGAACGGACGUCAAGGCUACACAUCUGUCGGAAACGCCAGGUCUUUGUAGUGUGAAGAUAAAGAGGUCCGUAAUUUGGAAAUAUUCAGGUUGAGGAAAUCAAAACUACGAUCGCAUAAAAGUACUCUUUUGCCAUUGGACACCCACCAAAUUAAAAUAUUCAUCAGCAAAGAUUUUAUUAUUUUUUAUUGUUUAUUUAAGUUCACAGUGAACUUAACAAACACAAUUACAAAAUUAAAAAAAAUGUAAUUGGGCUAAUAUUUGCGAAAAAACAUACAUCGCAUCAGAUUUUAACUUUUUUUAGGGCUGGUUAAAAACACCAGAGAUUUUUUUUUCCACGCAAUUUGGAGAAGAAAAUCAAGUUUAGAAUCUCGAAGUCCUUAGAGUCUGUCUCAUUAAAACAGUUUUGAGGGGUUCAGUGGGUAAAAAUAACAAGCAGCAUCUCGACUCACACUCAGUGAUUUAAACAGACCCGAAGAGGUUUUUAAAAAUAUGUGAACAGGGAUGACUAUUUUAGUUGUUUAUUUUAGCAAAAAAAAAACAAGGAUGAAAAAUAAAAAAAAUGCUAACAUUUUUUUUUUAACAUAAGAAAAAACACACACCUGCCCUCUAACAAAAUGAAACGUAACAGACUCACAUCAUAUUUGUAUCUUGCCCUCUAGGAUAAACAUAAACAUCUUCCAGUUUUUUCCUUAAUCAUUAACCUCCUUUUUCCCCUUGCUCUCAUUUUCGCCCCUCCUCCUCCCUUCGAUGUUUUCAUGUCCACACCACACUUUCACUUCCCCCUUCCUCUCUCCCUCCUCUCUGUUCCUCUUUCCUCUCUCCCGUCUGUACCUUCCUACCUUCCUCCUCUCCCAGAUGCCCAGCCCACAGAGGCAGAGACUGCCGUGUGGAACCAGGUCAGCGCUGUGCUGGAGGAGGCUCAUGGGAUCUUAGCUGAACUGCAGUCCUACAACGGAGCGGGCCAGGAGAUAAGAGAAGCCAUACAGAACCCAGGUGACCUUGCACUUCAGGAGAAGGCCUGGAAUGCAGUAUGCCCCCUGGUGGCAAAACUGAAAAGAUUCUACGAAUUUUCCCUCCGCUUGGAAAAUGCCCUGCGCAGCCUGUUGGAGGCGCUCACAAGCCCACCCUACGCUCCGAUGCAGCAUCUGGAGAGAGAGCAGGCCCUGGCCAAGCAGUUCGCUGAGAUCCUUCACUUCACACUUAGCUUUGAUGAACUAAAGAUGACAAACCCAGCCAUUCAGAAUGACUUCAGCUACUACAGGAGGACCAUCAGUAGGAACCGGCUGAACAACCAGCAGCUGGAGGCAGAGAACGAAGUGAACAACGAGAUGGCCAAUCGGAUGUCCCUGUUUUACGCCGAGGCCACGCCCAUGCUCAAGACGCUGAGCAACGCCACCACUAAGUUUGUUUCAGAGAAUAAGACCCUGCCCAUAGAGGACACCACGGACUGUCUGAGCACCAUGGCCUGUGUGUGCCGUGUCAUGCUGGAGACUCCGGAAUACCGCUGUCGGUUCACCAACACGGACACCAUGCUCUUCUGUAUGAGAGUGAUGGUGGGCGUCAUAAUCCUCUACGAUCACGUUCAUCCCGUCGGAGCCUUUGCGAAGACCUCCAAAAUCGACAUGAAGGGCUGCAUCAAGGUGCUAAAAGAGCAACCGUCCAACAGCGUGGAGGGACUUCUGAAUGCACUGAGGUAUACGACACGACAUUUAAACGAUGACAGCACCUCCAAACAAAUCAGGGCCCUUCUGCAAUGAAAAGAGAAGAGGAAGGACAGGAGAGGAGAGGAGAGGAGAGGAGAGGAGAGGAGCGCACUUGAAGGAGAAGAGAAAGCCGAGGAGGAAACAAAUACCAGUGGCUGAUUCACCUGUUCGUUUACAAAGAAAGAAGAAAAAUUGUGUCCAGUUUAUGAGUGACUUGAUGAAAUAGGAAGAGGAGAGUAAUUAUAUAUAUAUAUAUAUAUUGUCAGCUGUCCAUCAUUCUGUCUCUCAUUUUGUAAAGUAAGAAGAAAAAAAAAAAAAAAGAAAAAGCAAGAAAAAGAAAAUAUAGAUAUAUAUUAAAAAUGAAGCGAAACACGAGCAGCGGAUGAAAAGUAGGUAGUUUAAAGAAUCUAUAUUGAAGAAUCUACGGUCAGAUCUGAAGCAAAGCAGAAAAUCUAUUAAAAAAAAAAAAAAAGAGAAAAAGCCAGAAAAAGAAAAUAUAGAUAUAUAUUAAAAAUGAAGCGAAACACGAGCAGCGGAUGAAAAGUAGGUAGUUUAAAGAAUCUAUAUUGAAGAAUCUACGGUCAGAUCUGAAGCAAAGCAGAAAAUCUAUUAAAAAAAAAAAAAAAGAAGGGCUCUUGUUCCAACGGUAGUCUGACAAGUAUUUUUUCACUCACUUUAAACACAUCACCCCCGUCCCCCCAGUCCCUUCACAUCAGCUCCUUUGGCUGCGAUCAUCACCGCGUAGUCAGGCAAUAUGAUGGAUAACCUCCGGAGAGUUGCUUCAACCCGUUUUAGUUUUCAUCGUCUCCGCAGCUGAAGGGACAGAGGGAAACGUUUUUGGGCUUUUUCCCCCCACCUCGUCUCUCUAUAGGUUGUGUGCUUUUCCAGUGGCACCACAAACUAGAAAAUCCAUCCACGUGGACUCAUGGCUCUACACAGUUUAGCAUUAGCCCUGCUCUGUUUCAUCUCCAUGGUGCUAAUGUGAUGUAACCGUCACAGGCCGAGCCUCAUGGACGCCGUCAGGCAGGAUAAUGAAGGUCUUCUUCAUCCACCUUCACACUGACGCGUCGAACCACAUUUCCCGAAAAACAGCCGACCUGCCCUGUGUGUUCACAUCAGUACGCCGGAUCUGUUUUUUUUUUUUUAAAACGAUGAGAUCCGUGACAGUCAUCAAAGGAAGUCACAGCGCGGCUAAUGUCCUCACUUAGUGCCAAAGCUGAUUGGUUUACACUCUUUUUACGUCAUCAAUCCAGCUAACAUGGCCACGCGCCCCCCAACCCCCCCACCCCCCCAGGCUCGGACAGGGCACAGCGCGUUCACCGCAGAUGGCGACGUGUCGCCCUUACCCCCACAGAAGUGCCGGUUCUCACCAACCAAUGAAGGGUUGAGGAGGGGAAGCUUUGAGGGACACGGGUCAAUCAUCGUCACUACAGACAGGAAG